ACCACCAAGUUUAAGGUUGUUGGAUCAUCACUUCACCAAGUUUGCUAUCUCUGAUAACACUCGACCGUAUAUUCUUGGGGGAUUUGACAUAGUCAAGGCUCCUAAGUAUUCGUGGAUAAAUCAUACGCCCCCGACUAGGAAGAAACAUUGUCAGAGGGAUAGUACCUCAGACUAAACUACUUGGGAAGCUCGUAGCACCGAUUCAAUGUCAUUCUCGGCUUGGCUAGUGCACCUUUUUGGCAUAGGUACACACUGGAAACUUAUCUCUAUGCUUGCUAUGCGGGGUGAUCAACAUUAUUGGCGAGAUGUUCUUAUCUUUUGACUCCUCGCUUUGCCGCCGAACCAACUGAAUUCUGGAUAAGCCCUCGGGGAACAUUCUCUGAGAAAGGCUAUCAAUAUGCCCUGGAAGAUAAUGGCUGGGGGGCUAUCGUGUAUAAAUGGUAUCAAGUCUCCAGCGGGGUACCGGGUUCUCCUCCUGGAGGCUUUUUGAUCCACUCGAAGUCCACGAAGGCGGCAUUCACUUCUCGUGCUUCUCAUUCCCCAUACACCGCGCGCAACAUGUCUAGUGCUAAUGAACAUGUGCUUCCUCAAGGAGCCGGGUAUGGCGUUGUGGUCGGAAUUGGGCUCUUCUUCAGCGCUUUUAUGGUGGUUCUCACCGCCGUUCAAGCUCGUUACACCGGAUUCUCUCCAAAGAGCUCCGAAGAGUUCAACAGCGCGUCCAGAAGUGUCAAGCCUGGAUUGAUUGCAUCUGGAAUUGUCUCUGCAUGGACCUGGGCAGCGACUCUGUUGCAAUCAAGUGCGGUCGCAUACAAGUAUGGCAUCUCAGGUCCCUGGUGGUAUGGAGCGGGUGCUACGGUUCAAGUACUGCUCUUCGCGCAACUUGCAGCCAAGCUCAAGCUUAACGCGCCUUACGCGCAUACGUGGUUGGAGAUAGUAGCAGCUCGAUGGGGUACUGUUGCACACAUCGUCUUUAUGUUCUUCGGAUUGGCGACGAACAUCAUCGUCUCCUCUAUGCUCAUUCUAGGCGGCUCGGCUACCGUCACGGAUUUAACGGGAAUGAACACUAUUGCUGCUUGCUUCUUGAUCCCUCUUGGUGUUGCCAUCUACGUUGUGGUCGGCGGUAUGCGCGCUACUCUACUCUGCGACUAUACUCACACCGCCGUCCUAUUUGCCAUUAUCUUUGUCUUCGUAUUCACUGUAUACGCUACUUCGCCCAAAAUAGGCUCUCCAGCGGUGAUGCAUUCGCUCUUGCAAGCCGCUUCGGAGGCUGCGCCUGUAGCCGGGAAUGCCCAUGGAUCAUAUGUCACUAUGAGGUCCAAGAAUGGGUUGAUCUUUGGAGUGAUCAACGUGAUUGGGAACUUUGCUACUGUGUUCCAAGACCAAGCAUACUGGCAACGUGCAAUUGCAAGUCGACCCGCUAGUUGUGUCAAAGCCUAUCUUCUUGGAGGUCUGGCUUGGUUUGCCAUCCCAUUCAUGUUCUCCACUACUCUGGGCCUCUCCGCUGUCGCCUUAAGAGGAGACCCGGCAAUGCGGAUCCUAACUCCAGCGGAGGUCUCAGCUGGUCUGCCCGCCCCUACGGCGGCUGCAGCACUUCUGGGUAAAUCUGGUGCUGCUGCUCUGCUCAUCGUCCUGUUCCUCGCCGUCACCAGCGCGACUAGUGCUGAAUUGAUCGCCGUGAGUAGUAUCUUGACUUACGACAUUUACAAGAAAUACUUCAACCCGAAAGCUACAGAUGGACAGAUCCUUCGGGUCUCGCAUGCCAUGGUCGCGCUAUUCGCAGUACUGAUGGGUGUUCUUGGAACAAUAUUCUUCUACAUUGGUAUCUCGAUGGGGUGGCUUUAUGAAUUUAUGGGGGUUGUAUUGGGAUCAGCAGUCGUGCCUAUCGCCGUCUGUAUUUGUUGGAAGAGGGCGAAUAAAUGGGGGAGUAUAGGAGGCGCUGUCGCUGGCUUCUGUGCAGGUAUCACUACAUGGCUCAUCACUACCUCGGCCUUGAAUCAUGGCGUUGUCAACGUAACGACGAGUGGAGGAGACCUCGAAAUGCUUUCAGGCAACUUGGCUUCCAUUGGUGUUGGAGGCAUCAUAACAUGUGUUACGUCAUAUUUCUGGCCCGAAAACUUUGAUUUCGAUACUACGCGUGCCAUUAAUGUCCCUUCACAGUCGGAACCUGCAACGGAACAACCUUUGGACUAUACUGCCGACCAUGAGAAGAAACGACAUGAAGUGUCUAGCGAGACUGUGUCCAUCGCUUCGGAGCCCACCGAAGAAGAUGAACUUGAUCCAGCGGCCUUGAACAAGGCAUUCAAAUUCGCAGCUUGGUCUUCGAUCAUACUACUCGUUGUGAUGCUCCUGAUCAUCCCUCUUCCUCUCUUCUUUGCCCAGACGAUAUUUGGCGUUGGGGGUCUAACAGCUUGGGUCGUGAUAGGCAUGAUCUGGACAUUCUUCUCGGCCUUUACGGUCGUGGUCUACCCUCUGUGGGAAAGUCGGUCUGCCCUCAAGUUAAUUACGACAGGUAUCAUAAAGGAUGUCUUCGCGAAGGGUGGUGGUAAAUUCAUCGUAGCAGGUGAAGCGUCUAAAGCAUGAUAAAUUACCAUGCUCGCAGGGGGUCGCCGACAUUAUUGCGGAAGUUUCGGUCACCAGACCAUCCGGACCAUUCAUAGAUUCACUUCAUGUACAUUUUUCUUAAUUCUUCGCUGGCGGUAGACAGGACAAAAAUGCAAUACAUUUUUUGCUGUGCUUA